CAAUUUCCACUACACUACGUACUUCAAUUAAUGUACGUUCCUAAUUUCAAGAGAAUAUAUAUAAUUGAAAAUUGACCCUUCCCAUGAGUUUAAGAGAAUUCUAAGGAUCUACUCCUAUCUAGCUUUAAUACUCCGUAAAUGGGUUCAUUAUCAUCAACUCUUUUAUGGCUACUUAUUUGUGCCACCAUUAUCGAUGCUCAACUUACUCCGAACUUCUACGCAAGAACUUGCCCGACUCUACAAAGCAUUGUACGUGAUACGAUGGCUCAAGCUGUGGCUAAGGAACCGCGUAUGGGUGCUUCCAUGCUUCGCUUGUUCUUCCAUGACUGCUUUGUUAAUGGUUGUGAUGCAUCGGUGUUACUAGAAGAUACACCAAGUUUCAAAGGUGAGAAGAAUGCCUAUGCAAAUCAAAACUCAUUGAGGGGUUUUAAAUUGAUGGACAUAAUAAAAAAGAAUGUGGAAGCUAAAUGUAAAUCUACUGUAUCUUGUUCGGACAUUCUUGCCCUUGCUGCACGAGAUGGAGUUGUUUUGUUGGGAGGCCCUAAAUGGACGGUAUCACUUGGAAGAAAAGACUCAAGAACAGCAAGCUUUGAAGCAGCAAAUGUCAACCUUCCACCACCAACAGCCAAUCUCGCAACCCUUAUCUCUCUAUUUGCCGCCAAGAACCUGACGGCCCGUGACAUGACUGCCCUAAGCGGGGCCCACACAAUCGGCAUGGCACGGUGCUCAACGUACCGGUCCCAUAUCUACAAUGAGGCCAACAACAUCAAUGCAGCCUUUGCCACAACCAAGAUGGCAACUUGUCCAUCCAUAGGUGGGGAUGAUAACUUGGCCCCUCUCGACACGAGUACUCCCAACCACUUUGAUAAUGGCUAUUUCCGGAAUCUCAUGGCUAAGCAAGGGCUUCUUCAUUCGGACCAAGAGUUAUUUAAUGGUGGAUCUCAAGAUGCAUGGGUUAGACUUUAUGCUAGGAGUAACUAUGCCUUGAGUAAGGAUUUUGUUGUUGCAAUGCUAAAAAUGGGCAGUAUUAGCCCACUUACUGGGUUUAGUGGUGAAAUUAGAAGGCAUUGUAGGUUUGUUAAUUAAUUUGCAAUUAUUCAUCAUUCAUAGUAUUAUGUGCAUAGAUGAUAGGAUGCUUGAAGAACAAACGUACAAUAUGUAACAUUUUUUUGUUAUUUGUUUAGGAAUUUAUAUCAAUUUUUUUUGUUUUUAUAA